UGGUCAGCACGUAUUUGAGUCUUUUGUUGGGAUUCCUAUCCUUUCCAAGGGCAGACAUUUCCGGGGGCGGUGGCGUCGUAAUUGUUCUACUUUUUGAACCAAGAUUAUUAUCAUCAUUAUUAUUGAUUUCAGAGUUGCUUGUUGCACAUAGCCAAGGGGUAAAGUUUUCUUCUUUGAAGGUCAAGCACGUGAUCUGCAAUCAUCUAGCUCAUUUGAGCUCUCUUUAAUGUAAUUUCAGCUCAUCUUUUCAACUGGGGCCGAGUUAAUUCAUUUUUUUUUCUGGGAUUUUUAUGAAAAUCUUGAAGUGGAAAGAGUGAUGUGUAAUCUUUUAAGGUAUCUGGGUAAACUUGAAAGUGGACAAAGGAUGUUUUAUUAGCUGAUCCUGUGAACUGGGAUGAGCUGCUUUCCAAUUUUUUGUGGAUUUUUGAGUAAAAAUUGUUCUUGAAGGGAAGAAAGUCACCUGUUCUAGUUUGGCAAUUUGGGUUUUCUUGGAAGUGGAUGAAAUGUGGUCUUUUGUUAUCUCUGGCCUGAUUUUCUGAUAUAGCUUUGGCUUGAGUUAGCUGAUUCUGGGGUUUUGGAGGGAAUAGGACUGGAAGUGAGCGACUAUUUGGAAAAGUUUCUUUAGGAGGAGGUUGGGUGGAAAUUGAGAUUUAGGGUGGGUUUUGUUUAUUCUAGGUUUGUUGAAGAUGGGACUUGGUGGUGAUAGCUUGAAGGCAGAAUCUUGGGAUGUUGCCAAAUCAAAGGGGACGAAGAAGAAGAAAAAUGGUGAUGCUGUGGGGGAGACAGGGUGUUGGAUUAAGUUGAGGUAUAUUGGCAGCUGUAUGUGUUCAAAAUCUAAAGUUGAUACCUCUAUUAGUGGCAUCAGGGCUCGCGAAAAUAAAUCAGCAAAUGACCCUAGCAGAGACCAACCAGCUUCCAUGGUACUUCCAUCCUCCACCACGAGCAAUGCUGAAAGCAAAUCUUCCAGCUUCAAACUUGAAGAGGAACUUAAAGUGUCUUCUCGGCUUCGAAAAUUCACAUUUAAUGACCUGAAGUGGGCAACAAGAAAUUUUAGACCCGAAUCCCUUCUCGGUGAAGGGGGAUUUGGUUGUGUAUUUAAGGGGUGGAUUGAAGAGAAUGGGACGGCACCGGUGAAGCCUGGAACAGGACUUACUGUAGCUGUGAAGACCCUCAAUCACGAUGGACUUCAGGGUCAUAAAGAAUGGCUGGCUGAAGUAAAUUUUCUUAGCGAUCUUGUUCAUCCUAAUUUGGUUAAGUUAAUUGGUUACUGUAUUGAAGAAGAUCAGAGGCUGUUAGUUUACGAGUUCAUGCCUCGUGGAAGCUUGGAGAACCACCUUUUCAGAAGGUCUUUGCCUCUUCCAUGGUCUAUCAGGAUGAAGAUUGCUCUUGGUGCUGCAAAGGGUCUUGCUUUUCUUCAUGAGGAAGCAAAAAGACCUGUGAUAUAUCGUGAUUUUAAGACAUCUAACAUCCUGUUAAAUGCUGAAUAUGAUGCCAAGCUUUCUGAUUUUGGACUUGCUAAAGAUGCUCCAGAUGAAGGAAAAACUCAUGUUUCUACCCGUGUCAUGGGAACCUAUGGUUAUGCUGCCCCAGAAUACGUCAUGACAGGGCAUCUUACCUCAAAGAGUGAUGUCUAUAGCUUUGGGGUUGUCUUGCUCGAGAUGCUCACAGGUAGAAGAUCAAUGGACAAGAAUCGGCCUAAUGGGGAGCAUAACCUUGUUGAAUGGGCUAGGCCUCAUCUGGGCGAGAGGAAACGCUUUUAUCGUCUAAUGGACCCCAGGCUCGAGGGGCACUUUUCUAUAAAAGGUGCCCAAAAAGCUGCACAGUUGGCUGCACGCUGCCUUAGCCGAGAUCCAAAAGCCCGGCCUCUGAUGAGUGAAGUUGUUGAAGCCUUAAAGCCUUUGCCAAGUCUAAAGGACAUGGCGAGCUCAUCGUACUAUUUUCAGACCGUGCAAACUGAGCGUGUUGGUUUGAGUCCAAAUGGUAAAAAUGGCCUUAGAACACAAGGGUCAUUCUCGAGAAAUGGGCAGCAACACCCAAGAAGCCUCUCAAUACCAAAUGGUUCUCUAGCCUCGCCCUAUCAUUAUCAGUUUGCUCGGAAUUCACCAAAACCAAACGGUAAACCAUAGAAUUGGUUCGGAAAUCUGUGUUUCUUUUCCUACUCUUCUAACAUUCUUGGAUAUGGAAAUAUUUUUGUUGUUGAUUGUCCAUAGGUUAAUGAAAAAGCAAUGAUAGUAUACAUUUAUAACAUGUUUAGUAAGGCUGAUCGGAUAGUAUUGAACAAUGAAUUUUGUUAUUUGUACCGAGAUGUUGAUAUGUCCGGUUACACACCCCUCAUAGGAAGAGGGGCCCGAAUAAAAAAAUGCGCAGCCCCCCUGCUUUGAGGGGCGUGUAACCGGGCAUGUCAACGCCCGGGUAGAUAUAGUACGAUCCAUUGCACAAUAUUGAAGAAGAUUCUUGACAUUGUACUGUCUAAUCUGUCUAGCACUCCCUUAGAAGUGCUCGCUGUCUUGGGAAAUAUGUAAUGUAAACAAAGAUGAAGUUAAUGGAGAAAUUUUUUAUCCAGUGUUA